UUUAUGACUUGGUUAGCAAAAGUUGGCGUCAUAAUCAUUUAAUACAAGGUCGUCUGGACAUUUCUGUUCAGUCAAAUUUGCCUGUCGCUAUUCCUUCUCCAACAAUGUUUCCAAAACCCAAGGCGCUGUAGUACCUAACAGUCUUCAGUCAUUGUCUGACGGUAAGUGUAAAGGACAAAUUAGUAUGGCCCCAUGAGUCUCCAGCCUUCAAGAAACAAGUGUGGUUCAAAUUGAAGCCCGACUUUAGGUUAUCGUUGUAAAAACUUUACAACGAUAACCUAAUGUCACUGAAACACGGAGCCAAUAGUCGAUCAUGUCCACUUAAUCAUUUAGAGCUCGACAUGUGAACUUUACUCUUGUGUAUCUACGAUCUGAGUUUGUCUUUGAUAGUACGAGUACGAGUGUGUUUGAAGAUGGAUAGGUCGGAAGCUUCACAACAUACGUGAUUCGCUUGAAGGUAGAGUGGGCGCGAAGGAGGCUAGGCUGAGCUGUUUGAGAUGGGGCCGAAAAUGACGGGCACUUUCCUAGGCAGAUUAACACAGCCUGUGAAACAUCACGGGAUAACCAUUUGAAGAGAUGGCGAGGCAAAAAUUGCCUCGUUCCAAAAGCGCAGCAUGUUGGGUUAGCUGUGUCUUGAGGCUGUGUCUGCUCAGCCAGUCAGGGUUCCGAGGGCUGAGUCGCUAAAUGACCAAUCAACAUCGCUUCUUCAGGACAUGACAACCUCACCUUCAUCAAAGGCAGAUGAGCUGUUUGUUGAAUCAAAGCCGAUACCAUUCUUUACAUCACAAAGAAGUGGCGCUCCAUUAUUGGCGUGACUUCACAUAGCCCUCGGCAGACUCAUUAGGUCUUCUUUGAAAGUCAUUCACCCGCGUCGUUCAGACAACUCUCCCGAACAGCUUCGGUAUAAGAGCUUACCUCGCUCACCAAGUCACUUCUUCAUAACAACAACACGGACAUAAACACCACGAGCUAUAACUACUCGUGACUCCACAACUACACUCACAUCAUAUGUCACAUCGCUCAACUAUCGUCAUGCCUACAGGAUCAGCAUGGGGUCUCCAGCCGGAGCCAACUCCAUCUCGCUCCAUCUUUGGCUCUAUCCGCAAACUGGGUCGCAGAUCAAGCAACGUAUCCCAGCGAUCCACAAAGUCAACACACAGCGCCAACUCAGAUCUCAACUCACCCACAACUCCAACUUUCAGAGGCCCAGGCGAUUUGAACCCUUUCGCAGAUAGAGACGACGCCGCAAGACGGAGAAGCCCAAGUCCUCUCGCCAACCCCUCUCCAGCAACAAGACGCCCAGAUCGUCCAGGCAUGAACGCCUUCACAGUUCCAUCAAACGAACCGCCGCCAGCAUACACACCCUCCCCAACAGUCCAAUCAGGACCAACAGUCGGUUCUCAAGUCCCCGAACUAGCAGCCCCAAUUCCACCUCAAGCAUCCAUCCCCGCAGCCGCUGCCCCCACAACCGGCACCGGCGAAGAUCCCUACUCCUUCCUCGGCACCUUCGACACCACCUUGCUAAUCGACGACUCCGGCUCCAUGGCCGGCCGCUCCUGGCGUGAAGUCGGCCAAGCAAUCUCCACCAUCGCCCCCAUCGUCACCAAACACGACGAGGACGGCAUCGACGUCUACUUCAUGAACCACAAGUCGACCAACCCGGGCAUGCCAUCAGAGGGUAUCGCUCCCGGCGGGUACAGAGGCAUCAAGCGUGCCGCCACCGUCCACGAGAUCUUCGAGCGCGUGAGACCGUAUGGUGGAACGCCGACGGGUACUCGUGUCCACAAUAUCCUGAAGCCGUAUCUCGCUAAAGUCGAGAGCGAGAUGGCUGCUGGGAGGGAGAUGAAGCCGCUGAAUCUGAUUGUGCUGACGGAUGGUGUGCCGUCGGAUGAUGUUGAGAGUGUGCUGCUUUCGGCGGCGAAGAAGCUGGAUAAGCUGGAUGCGCCGCCGUUCCAGGUCGGUGUGCAGUUUUUCCAGGUGGGUAAUGAGGAGGGUGCGAAGGAGGCGUUGGAGGAGCUGGAUGAUGGCCUGUCCGAGUUGGUUGAAGGCGGCGUCCGCGAUAUCGUGGAUACGGUCACUUGGACAGGCGGUAGGAGCUCGAGCGAUGGUGGUAUCGGUCUCACAGGCGACGGAAUUCUUAAGGCCGUGCUUGGCGCUGUCGUGAAGCGACUCGAUCGUAGACGUGCCAGCGGAGAGGUGCGCAGACGUUAAGAGUUUCUUGGUGGUUUGGUCGAUUUUUCGCUUCUCUGUACGAUAGUGCCCUUUGGUGUGUACAUUUUCUCAUUGGCGUUCUUGGCUUGGCGUUUCUUUACAAGGGAUUCUUGAAAGGGGAAUAGACAAAAGAUACCCGGUACU